CUGAUAGCAAACAGGUGAGUCUCUUUCAAAACAAUUUAUUUUAUUUUUUACCUUUAUAUACACGCCUCCGCCGACAUGGACCCACUUUGGAAACACGUCUGGUGGGUUCACACCAUGUUCGGCUGGGCGUGUGUUUUGUAUUUUGUGACUUUCAUUGGCAACAGUCGAGCUACGAUGACCGGACAGCCUCGCCAAGUUCCGGUUACGGACCACGGAGUGGUGGCGGCGGCUCAUUUCGCCGUGUCAGAAUUCAACAGAGUGAACCCAGAGGAGCACUUUUUCUACCGAAUUUUCAAUAUAACGUCGGCCAAAGUUCAGGUGGUGGUUGGUUUGAAGUACUUCCUGGAUGUGGAGCUGGUCCGCACGGUGGUCUGCACAAACAUGCCCCAAACUUGUCUUUACCACUUUUUAAUCAAGGGGCUUCAGUGCAACUUCAUUGUGACAGAAAUCCCCUGGCAAGUGGCCCCACCUACCCCUCCACCCGGCUCAGGAGGCAGUCCUAAGGAGAAGACGAAGAAGAAGAAGAAGGAGGAGGAGGAGGGGUCCGAUUCCCCUCCCUCAGCCCAGCCGACACACAUACAUCCACUCUUUCUGGCUUCAUACAUGCGCUCUGCUCCACGAGGGAGCAUCUGCUGACGAGACCACGCCAGCUUCUGCAGGUGUCCCACCCUCUUCCUCCUCGCGGAUGCUUUAAGACGUGUGUACAUGGAGAGGAGCCAAGAUGGAAGAGUCCCCCACCCCCCCAGCGCGGGAUGUCAUCACUAAACGUGUUCCAGGAGGUCAAAGGUCAAAGCGGUGACCUCAAAGAGAGAGAGCGACAGAGAGGCCACCCUGACAUUUGACCUCUAACCGGGCGUGUGGCGGCUUAACCCUGGAGGACACCGCACAACAAUGGCUAGGCACGUGCCUGGGCCUGGUCGCCAUGGUAACAAAGGACCUUUAGGGACCAGAAGUAAAAAAAAAAGGGGGGUCUGUACAGGUCAUAGCUUAGUCUUUAUUGUGAUCUGUGUUAACCAUCUGCUGCCAAUUGACUGGGUUAUAGUAGGACACGUCCUUUGAAGGGGGGCUGACUGAGUAAUCUCUGCAGGCAACUGUGAAGGUGCUUUUUAAUUCUCACAAUCACCUGGAGAGAUUCUGCAGUUUGUCUCAUAACGGGAUCAUAAAUCAUUUUAUUGGGAUUAACAAGCAGUGCACAACCUCAGCAGGCAUGCGUCUUACAUGUCAAAAUACGGGAACAUAUUCAAAAUCAUGCAGACGUGCUUGUAGUUUGCAACAUACUGAGAGCAGUUUCUGAUAUUUUGGUUAUAUAGUACAACACGGUGUAUCGCUGCUAACCCCAGUAACAAAAAUGUUAUUCAUCUUAACACAAAAGGCAGGAAAAUCAUGUGAUUUCUCCUAACCAACCAGCAAAAAGAGGUAACCAUAAUAAUUCAAGCGUUGCAAAGAAAUCUCAUGAAAGAUAAGCGUCAUAUGUAUAUUGCUAUAUUUUUUAUCCUAGAUAUAACUAACUAUAUUGUUAAAAAUGUAGAAAACUGACAUUUUGGGGAUGAAAAUGAAGUUUUUCAAGAUGAUCUUCUAGACCAAAUGUAUAGUAGUAAAAUUAGUUCCUACAACAUUUAGAUUUAGUGUGGAAAAAGUCGUUUUAAGGAGAGACAAAAUCAAUUAGCAAUGCUACAAAUAUAAAUUGUUCAUAAAUGAUUUAUAAUAUGGGUACGCUACUUGUAUUAUUUGGGCCGUUGCUGGAGGGUUUACACUUUGGAACAUCAUUGGCUUUGUUUCCUCAUCUGAGUGGCACGUGGAUGUAUAAAAUAUGUAAUUUUCAUUUGGUUCAAUUUGGUUGAUAAAAUUGUGACUUUUUCAACCCCCUCUCCCUCAAAAAAAUAUUAUUUCCAGGAAAAAAAGGUACUAUAACUAUACUUUUUAAAUACAUUGGAAACAAUUAUAAAAAAUAUUGCUUUAUUUUCAUAUUUUAAACUUGUUUUUUUAUUUAAAUAUGACUGUUCAUUAAAUAUAAAAAACAACUUGUUUUUCAAGACAAAAAUACUACA